AUGUUUGUGGCUCGUCAAGGGGCGGUGACAUGUAGAACGAUACCACCACCAGGUCCAACAAGUUCAGCACGAAAACGACGUAGCAUCUCUUCAUCCCAGAUACCGCGACAUGUGUCCCAUUCAUUGUCCCACCUUCGAAUCUUUUCUUCUCAGUCUGUGAGGCAGAACUACGGUCGCCAGCACAGCCAUCAUAGAUAUCAUCCUACACCCAAAACGUCGCCACCCAAAUUAAAACCGAGCUGGAAGGGCACCACCUCGUCGACCACCGGGGAUUUCAACAUCGGGAACUUUUCUUCAACCGACCAAGAAGAAUCCCUCUUUGCUCCGUCGAAUCAGUCUCCCCCUCCACAGUCUCCCCACUCGGGUGUGAAGGACAAAGCCAAGGCAUUGUCCAGCGAUCAUUGGAGCCCAAGAGCUACUUCAAGAAUGAGACAGACCCAGAGGAAGAGAUGUACGGCCGUCAGAGAAGCAAUGAAGGGGGAGACGAGAUUUAAUCCAGUGAUUUCUGAAGGUCUCAAAGGGAAGGAUACUUUCUUUGAACAGAUAGAAGCAUAUAAAUCCCGGUUUAUCCCUGCAAUCAGAGCUGAGCAACUACGACACGAAGCUGUUCUCAGAGAGCGGCAAUCAGGAAAGACCUUGGAGCAGUUGAAGGCGGAAGGCUAUUGCAUAGACGAUAUGCAGGGUUUCUGGAGUGGAUCACUCGAGUUGGGGAAGCACGUCGCAACAUUCUCCCUAGGACCAGGCAUCAAGUUACCCGAAGGCCAUCAAUUCGAACGAGGAAACCAAGUCUUACUGUCCCGGGUCUGCCCCUUGACCGCCGCGGAUAUCAUAUACAAAGGGACAGUGAUGAGUGUCGGUGAAAUGAAGUUCAAAAUCUACUUCGAUGAGGAACAUCAACAUCGUUUUACGUUGACAGCACCGGAUGGCAUAACACCAUUGCGGUGGAGGCUCGAUCUCGGUUCAAACAACAUCGUCUUUGAGAGGAUGGAAGCCGCUAUCCGAUCCCUGUGGCAUGAUCCUAAGCGUUACUAUUACCAAAAUGUUUGCGAGGGGACCCACCUUCGCGACAUCCUCUUGAAGAGCUUCACUCCAGAAGCCGACCCUAUGCCUGUAUCUGACGACCCUAAUUCCACAAUUGAACAGACCCCGGAAGACCCGACGGAGAAGCACCCUGGAGAAGGAGGGAGGGGAGGAGGUGCUUUCUCAGACGACACUCGUAUCCAGAGCUGGGUCAGCAGGUAUUCUUUACCCGUCCCACUCGUCUCGGAAGGCGACAUGCCCAUUCACAACCUUAACUCUUCCCAAAUCCGAGCCAUGGCAUCGAUGAUUGGAAAUCGGCUAAGUCUGGUCCAAGGACCUCCUGGAACUGGCAAAACGAAAACAAUCAUCGAAACACUCAAGCUUCUCAAAUUGCAUUUCCGGGUUCCACACCGCAUCCUCGUAUGCACCUACACCAAUGUUGCAGUUGAUAAUCUGGUUGAAGGACUUGCUGCUGCUGGCGUCAAGCCUCUACGAGUCGGCGCUGUUGGUUCCGUGCGCCCAUCGCUCCUCCAUCAUACACUGGCAGCCAAACUCGAGUCGCACCCUUUAUACUCCACACAUCAAUACCUUGUUGACCAGCUGGAAGUGGUCAAGAAGAAAAUAGCGGAACUAACUGAGAAAGUCCAUUUGGCCCAGAAAGAGCUCAAGGACAAGGAAGGCAAUGCAAGAUAUGUAUUAGCUAGGAGGGUUGAGAACAUGGAGGACGCGAAGUCAGACCUGGUGAAUUCGGAGAAGAUGGUGAAGUCGAAGAAGAAACGGGUGAGGCAGGCCAUGUUGAGGGAUGUGACGAGCGAAGCUGACGUACUUCCCCCGAUUGUCGUCAGUCCAGAAGCUCAAAAGCUCGGACUCGGAGUGAGUUUGUUUGAGAGGUUAACUAAGGAAGGAGUCGUCCCCUCCGUAAUGCUCGACACACAGUAUCGAAUGCACCCCAACAUUUCCUAUUUCCCUUCGAACGAGUUCUACUUGGGAACCGUCCGGGACGGUACAGUCGACGAGCAAGGUCGUGUCUCAAAACACCUUUCCCCUCCCAUGUCGCAGUAUCUCGACUUGGACCUCAGUUUGGAGAGGCUCAGUCCUUUUCAGUCCGGGUGUCAGUAUAAGGAAGGACAAGGCGCCGAUGAAAGCAAGCCAAGACCUAGUGUGAUCUUUUUGCAUCAUUCAGGGGAAGAAACAAUGAAGGACAAGAGCCGGAUUAACAGGACCGAAGCACGUAUCAUUGCUGAUGUCGUCAUGGAUUUGCUCCGUUCCAAUCCUGACUUACAAGGCAAAGACAUUGGCAUAAUCGCACCCUACGUCGCGCAGAUAUCACUCCUGACGCGUAUCUUCAACUCGCCUCCCGAUUCCGCGCCCUCUUCCUCAUCUUAUGGGUCAAAAUUCUGUUCAGCACUGGGCCAUGACCUCACCGUCCAACAGCUCUCUCAAAUCGAAAUCAAAACUGUCGACGGCUUUGAAGGGCGCGAAAAGGACGUUAUCAUCUUCUCUACCGUUCGAAAUAACCCCGAAGGGAAUAUUGGGUUUUUGGCAGAUCCGAGGAGGUUGAAUGUAGGGCUGACGAGGGCGAAGAGGGCGUUGUUUGUCGUGGGGAACAUCGCGACGUUGAAGAUGGGGAAGGUUAGUGGAGGGAGGUUUGGUACAACGACCGAUAUUGCUGGAGGGGAGGUCGUGGUGGCUGAUAAUGGCCAGGGUGCAGUCAGGGUAGAGAAAGGCGCCGAAAGUUGGAGGCGGUAUGCCCAAUACCUGCUCGAACGUGGGUUAGUGGUUCAUGUGGAGAAGAAUUACUAG